AAAGAGAGAAGGAGGAGAUUAACAGGGAGAGGGACAGAGACAACCUUGUGUUGAUUCUCAUGCACAGGACUGGAGCGCCACCCUCUACUGCCUGCUCCCAUUCAGAAAAGAGAUGGCCAUUAUGACCCCUGACCUCUGCGUGCUACUGCUGCUCCUAUUGGUUGGUGGAAUUCCACAGACACACGGGGGGCGAGUUCUGAUCAUCCCGGGCGAGUUCAGCCACUGGAAGAACAUGCGGGUCAUCGUGGACGCGCUGGUGGCGCAUAACCACACCGUCACGGUUUUAAUCAACAUCGGAUCUCCGACGAUCGACCACACGCACCAAGAACAGUUUCAGAUCCGUCAGUUCGCCGUCCCCAUGCAACAAGAAGACAUGAACAAAUUCUGGGACGAAUUUGUGGAUUACUGGAGGAUCCAGAGGACUGGCACAGCCCAGGAGUCGUACUCUGCAGGAAAAGUUUUUUUCAAGUCCUUCUUUAACUACCUAACUGUAAUUUGUAAAGGACUGACGGGAAACAAGACCCUUGUGGCAGAGCUGAAACGACAUAAAUAUGACGUCGUCCUCAAUGACAUCUUCACUCCCUGCGGUGACCUGUUGGCCGACUUGCUGGAUGUUCCUUACAUCAUCGUGAUGAGGAACACCUUUGGCUUCACACUGGAGAGGAUGUGCGGUCAGAUGCCCACGGUUCCCUCCUACGUACCCAGCAGCCCCAUCACAGCCACGGAUCAGAUGGACUUCUCAGAGAGGCUGGGCAACUUCAUCACCUAUGCCAGUCACACUGCCAUUUUCUACUUCUUCACGUCCGUGCACAUGAACGAGCUCUACAGUGAAAUUAAAGGGGAGCCUACGGACAUGUGUGAAGUGCUGGGCAGGAAGGCCGACCUGUGGCUUUUCCGCACCAACUGGGAGUGGGACUACCCGAGACCCUUCCCACCAAAUUUCAUCUUCAUUGGCGGCCAUCACUGCAAACCUGCUAAACCUCUGCCAGCGGACUUCGAGGAAUUUGUGCAGAGCUCAGGAGAUGAUGGUGUUGUUGUGUUUACAUUUGGCACCAUGUACAAGGACCUCACGCCGGAGAGGAGAGACAUGUUUCUGACAGCUUUUCAACAGAUCCCACAGAAGGUUAUAUGGGGAUUUAAAGGAGAAAGACCUGAACAUCUUCCUGCCAAUGUACGAAUCUACGAAUGGAUUCCUCAGAAUGACUUGCUUGGUCAUCCAAAGACCAAAGCGUUCAUAACGCACGGAGGCUCAAAUGGUCUGUAUGAGGCCAUCUUCCAUGGGGUGCCACUGGUGGGAAUCCCAAUGUUUGGAGACCAACCUGACAACAUAUUCAUCCUAGAGAAGAAAGGUGCGGCUGUUCAGCUGGAUUUUUACACCAUGGACUCUAGUGACCUGGUCAAAGGUCUACAGGCGGUGAUAAACAACCCAUCGUACAAAGAAAAUAUGAUGAGGCUGUCCCGCCUCCACCACGACCAGCCACUGAGACCCUUGGACCGAGCUGUGUUCUGGAUCGAGUUUGUGAUGCGUAACCGAGGAGCCAAACACCUGCGUGUUCAGGCCCACGACCUCACCUGGUAUCAACUCCGCUGCCUGGAUGUCUUCCUCUUCCUGUUAACCAUCGCUGCGCUGAUUGGAUGGCUGAUCUUUCUGACACUUCGAUUCUGUGUACACAAGUGCUUUGGGAAACGUCAACAAGGCAAGACCAAAGCAGAAUAAAUGCUGAACUCCUCUGAGUUUUAGGAAUUCAUGGAAAGUCAGGACAAAACGUAAAUCGUGAGGAAACAGUUGGUAGUUUUUCGUCAGGUUGAAUUGGGAAAUAGCAUUGCAACCAGUAAGUUGCUAACUUAGUUAGCAACGAUGUUGUCGCGAAACGCACCUUUGCACUCCUAAUGGGCAUGGGCACAGUUUGAGGGGGCAUUGCCCCCCCCAUUUCGAUUAAAAUAGAUGAAAAAAGAAAAGGAAGAAGGUCCGCACACUUUUGCUGCUUUCAGUUUAUUCAACACAACGUUUCGACCAAUCUGGUCUUCGUCAGGUGUAGGUGUGAGUUUGUGUUUCUGACAUUUCUUUUCUUGUUUCAUCGUGUUUAAGUCCGGCACCUGUUUUAUCUGGAUGUGCUCCAAAACGCUGCUUGAUUAAAAUACACGCCAGUUUGAAAUGAA